AAACCAAGACCUUAUCUCCAAAAGCAUCGCCUCUAUUUCUGACUUUCUAUAAAUUAUGUUAUUCUCUCUUCGAAACCUCGAUCCAGAAGUUAUUGGUUUGCCCAUAUUUGCAAAAUGGUAUGGCCCACAAUGAAGAAAAGACCGGCGUCCUCGCUCAUUGUUCUGCUAGCUGCGGCGGUGAUCUGCCGGUGUUUGGCCCAGGAAGCCGUCAGGAGUAUAAAAGCUGCUACACUGAGUUCGCCAGCUACAGAUAUGGAUAUGAAUGUACAAUUGGCUUGAUUUUUAUAUCUGCGGGAUACCGACAAAGAUGGAGCUGAGAAAAAAGAACAAGGAAAUGGACAGUCAUCAAACAUUUCAUGCAGUCCUUGGGAAUAUGUCUCCUACAAACUGAACCAGAAACUAGCUUCAGAUUAUAAGACGCCCAUUGUUUCGGAAAGUUCAUGGGAAGUCUUGAAGAGAUUCCAGGAGGCAAAAUUUGAGGUUUAUGAAACAUGUGUGUCUGCUAAGAAUACAAUGUCAAAACAAGGAAAAGAGAAAUAUGAGGAAGCCAAAGAAAGAGUUUCAAAAGCUACUGGGGAUCUUGGAGCAACUAUAAGGAACUACACUCCCUUUUAAGGCUUGUUUUGAGUAACCAACGGAUAGUUGAAUAGCUAUGUAAUGUCAUGUUUACUGUUAAAGUUGACAAUGUAGAGACCUUAAUGAUAAGGUGUCUUUUGUGCAUAUAUACCGAUGAAAGUGAAAACGUUUACAGAAAGGGCUUGUUUGACAUUUAGUGGUUAGUUGUUAGAGAAUAGCGGAUUAUGCUAACGGGUUGCCAAUAACGAAUUCAAUCACC